AUGAAUGAGAGGUUUGAUAGCCAAGAUGCAAGGUUCAAGAGCAUUGAGAGAGAUGUGAAGGUCAUAGUGGAUGGUUUUGACUACUGUGGAGAUGAUCAUUACUCGGAAGAUUGCCCGGACAAGCCGGCUCAGGAAGUUGAAUCUGAUGAAAGUGUUGAUGAUGAGAUUGAGAUGGAGCCGAACCCAGCCGUGAAGACACCGGCCGUUCCAUCCAAGACCGUUCAGAGUCCUACUGUUGAGAGACCACCGGUUAAGCCAUGUAUGCCUAAUUAUGCAAAGUUUCUCAAGGAACUCAUUACGGAUAAGAAGAAGUUGGAAGAGGCGAAGAUGGCAGUCAUGAGUGCCGAGGUUUCAGCUAUCAUCAAGAAUGAGAUUCCCCCUAAGUUGGAAGACCCAGGGAGUUUUCUUAUCUCUUGUGCUUUUGGUGCUUAUUUGUGUAAGGCAUUAGCCGAUCUAGGGGCUAGUAUUAAUUUGAUGCCUUAUUCGGUGGGUCAUAUGAUUUUUCUGGUCGAUUUUGUUAUACUUGAGAUGGAGGAGGAUGUUAACGUUCCUUUAAUUCUUGGCCGACCAUUCCUUAUGACCGCGGAUGCUAUCAUCCGGGUUAAGGCUAAGGAGAUUUCCUUAGGUGUCGGGGACGACCGUGUUGCUUUUAAUGUUGAUAGAGCUCUUAAGCAUCCUUACUCGUGUGAUGAAUCUUGCUUCAGGAUUGAUGUUAUUGAAGAAGAAGAUGCUUUGGAGAAGGAGCUCAUGGAUAUAUUGGACAUGGAAGAUGGAUAA